CACGUAGAGCAUUGCAUCAUCCGCGAGACUGCCGAGAAAGAGGAAGUUAGCUGCGUGGCAUAGAUUAGAUAGGACGCGAAAUCUUGCGAGGAAGAUAAAAUGGAAGAAGAUAAGAAUAAAAUAAAUUCGGUGGGAGAUACGGAUGUCGAAUUAAACGAAGAAGAAGCAGUUAAGGAACAAUUGACUCCGAAUGAUACUCCGAAGGUAAAAUACGUUAACAAAGAUUUCCCGGAUAAAAAUGGCGACGCCAAGAUCGACAUCGAGAAUAUCCAUUUGAAUGUCGGAAUGGGAAAGGAAGAAUUAAUGAAAUAUGCGAACGAACCCGCCUGGGUCCGUGCAAGAAUGAUUCUUUUUAUCCUCUUCUGGGUUUGCUGGUUAGGUAUGUUAAUUGGGGCCAUCGUCAUCAUCGUCUUGGCUCCCAGAUGCGCUCCUCCACCUCAACUAGAAUGGUGGCAGAAAUCCGUUUUCUAUCACGUCUACGUUCCUUCGUUUAAAGAUGGAGACGGCGAUGGAAUGGGAGAUCUCAAGGGUUUAACAUCGAAAUUGGACUAUUUUGACAAACUUGAUGUUGAUUCUUUACUUUUAAGUCCAAUAUAUCAGUCUCCUAUGAAAGAUAAUGGAUAUGAUAUAAGUAAUUACACAGAUAUAGAACCAAAAUUUGGAACUAUGGAAGAUUUUGAAAUGCUGAUGUCUAAAUUAAAAAAGAAAGAUAUGAAAGUCAUUAUGGAUUUUAUACCAAAUCAUUCAAGUGAUCAACAUCCAUGGUUUAAGGAAAGUGUUAAAGGAAAUUCUGUAUAUAAAGAUUAUUAUAUUUGGGCUGGUAACAGAACUAGUGGUCCACCUAAUAAUUGGCUUAGUGUUUUUGGUGGUUCAGCUUGGACUUUCAACGAGGAACGAGGUCAAUAUUAUUUUCAUCAGUUUUCAGAACAUCAGCCAGAUUUAAAUCUUCGUAAUCCCUUAGUUAAAGCAGAACUAGAGCAAGUAUUGAAAUUUUGGUUAGACAAAGGAAUAGAUGGUUUCAGGAUUGAUGCUAUACCUCAUCUUUUUGAAAGUGAAGAACUGCUGGAUGAACCAGUUAAUGAAAAUGCCACAGUUUCAAAAGACAAAUAUGACUAUUUGGACCAUAUUUAUACAAAAAGUCAGCCUGAGAUAUUUACUAUCCUUGCAGAAUGGAGGGAAAUCUUGGAUAAUUACACACACAGUACAGGAAGUAAAAAAAUAUUGAUGACUGAAGCUUAUGAUACACUUAAUAACACGCUAUUGUAUUAUGGAAAAGAAGAUGCGCCUUUAUCAAAUAUUCCUUUCAACUUUAAAUUGUUAGAAUUGACUAAAGAGUCAACAGCUAAAGAUUUACUUGAGCAUCUUGAGUAUUGGACUUCAUCUUUGCCAGAUUGGGCAUGGCCAAAUUGGGUGCUUGGAAAUCACGAUGUUGACCGUUUGGCAAGUAGAGUAGGAGAGGAAGUUUUAGAUGGAAUCUUCAUGGCAACAUUACUAAAUCGUGGGACACCAAUAAUUUAUUAUGGAGAUGAAUUGGGAAUGUUAAAUGCCAGAAUAUUGCCCACAGAAGUGAAGGAUGUUGCAAAUCCAGAUAAGCCACGUGAUGUUUGUCGCACACCCAUGCAGUGGAAUAAUAGCACCUCAGCUGGUUUUAGUAAUUCCACAAAUCUUUGGCUACCAAUACAAGACGAUUUUGAAACAGUUAAUGUAGAGAAUGAAUUACAAACUUCUCGAUCUCAUCUUAAUGUCUUCCGUGAAUUAGUAAAACUGCGAUCUCAGCCUGCGAUUAGGUUUGGUAAAGUGUACUAUCUGUCAGAAAAACCAAAUAUGUUCUGUAUGUUAAGAAUAAGGAAAGGAUCGCCUGGCUAUUUAAUAGUAAUCAAUAUGGGAAAUAAUUCUUCCACUAUAGAUUUUACUAAUAGUCACGAAAAUCUACCAGAUUCUGCAAAUGUCGAAGUUAGGAGUAAAAAUCUGACUGGACGUUUGGCAGAAUCUGGUCAUUCGAAGAUAAAACUAAAAGAUGUGACGUUAGGAUCAAAGGAAUCAGUUGUUCUGUCAUUUGUACCCAAAUUUGAUAAUUGAUUCCGAGAUUCCUCUGCACGUAUUUCUCAACUUUUUAUUUUAAUUUCGUAAACAUUUUAUUUUCUUUUUAAAUUUUAUUUUAAUAAAAGAUGAUUUAGAAGCAUUGAA